GGCCCCGGCUGCCGCCGCUGCCUUGUCCGGACUUGGCGAGGACUUGGGAGGGACAGCAACGCUGGGAGGUGGCUUAGCAGAGACUUUCCAACAACUGCUGCCCAGGAGGUUCCCCCCCCCCCUCCUUUUUUUUUUCCCAGGAGGCGACGGCGGCGGCAGCGUGGGGAGAGGAAGAGAAGGAACCGUCUCUCUCCAGUUGGAGCCUCAUGCAGCCCCUCGGUUCUCCGGGAGGAGCCUAGUAGUCCUGAUGAGCUCCCGUCGCCCGUCUCCGACUGUACCCAGGCGGGAGUGGAGUGCCGGGCCCAGUGCCGACGGUCGCUUUUGCUGUUUUCCCUGCUGGGAUAGGAUGUGGUGAGAGGAUGGGGCUUCUUCCUCCUGGGGCUCACAAUGGCCAGAGAAGAUUCUGUGAAGUGUCUGCGGUGCCUACUCUACACUCUCAAUCUGCUCUUUUGGUUAAUGUCCAUCAGUGUGUUGGCGGUUUCUGCGUGGAUGAGGGACUACCUGAAUAAUGUUCUGACGUUAACUGCAGAAACAAGGGUCGAGGAGGCUGUCAUCCUGACUUACUUUCCGGUAGUACAUCCCGUUAUGAUUGCUGUGUGCUGUUUCCUGAUCAUUGUGGGGAUGUUAGGAUAUUGUGGAACGGUGAAAAGAAAUCUGUUGCUUCUUGCAUGGUACUUUGGAAGUUUGCUUGUCAUCUUCUGUGUAGAACUGGCUUGUGGCGUUUGGACAUAUGAGCAGGAAAUUGUGGUGCCAGUACAGUGGUCAGAUAUGGUCACUUUGAAAGCGAGAAUGACCAAUUACGGCUUACCAAGAUACCGGUGGCUUACUCAUGCUUGGAAUUUUUUUCAGAGAGAGUUUAAGUGCUGUGGAGUCGUGUAUUUCACUGAUUGGCUGGAAAUGACAGAGAUGGACUGGCCACCAGAUUCCUGUUGUGUUAGGGAAUUCCCAGGAUGUUCCAAACAAGCCCACCAGGAAGACCUCAGUGACCUGUACCAGGAGGGUUGUGGGAAGAAAAUGUAUUCCUUUCUGAGGGGAACCAAACAACUGCAGGUGCUGAGGUUUCUGGGAAUCUCUAUUGGAGUGACACAAAUCCUUGCUAUGAUCCUCACCAUAACUCUGCUUUGGGCUCUCUACUAUGAUAGAAGGGAGCCUGGUACAGACCAAAUGAUGUCCUUGAAGAAUGACACCUCUCAGCAUUUGUCAUGUCACUCAGUAGAGCUGCUAAAACCCAGCCUAUCGAGGAUCUUUGAACACACAUCCAUGGCAAACAGUUUCAAUACACACUUUGAGAUGGAGGAAUUAUAGGGAAUGUCAAGGAAGGAAAUCACAACAUUGUUUUAUUGGACUUGUGAAUUUUUGAGCACACACU